CUGAAGACGCGACUCAGCAGUGGUCAUAAUGAUUCCUCUGAACGUUUCCCUGGCUGUUAUUUGUAUUUUAAAUACCUGGACUAUAUGUUUUGCUGUGGAUUGCAAUGAUCAACAAAUGGAAGUAAAUGGAAGAUGCUGUGACUUAUGUCCCCCAGGUGAAUAUUUAGAGACGCUCUGCUCAGAAGACCAUCAAACUGUCUGUAGAAUCUGUGAAAAUGGCACCUUUUUGAACUAUUCUAGCAUAUUUGAUAGAUGUGAGAAAUGCCACACAUGCCAACACGAAUAUAAGGAGAAAUGUACAUCAACCACAAACGCAAAGUGUUUGUGUCACCCCGGUUUCCGGUGCUCAGACCAUAUCUGUUCUGAAUGUGAGGAGGAAAUAAAAUGUGAAGUCUGGGAGAAACUAAAGAGCACAGUCAGUUCCUCUGGUGGAAUGAUGUGUGAACCAGCAUGUCCUGAAAAUGCAUAUUUUGACAUAAAGGAGAAUAUCUGCAAACCACUGACACAGUGCAGUGCAAAGGGACUCACUGUACUGAUACCAGGAAACAAAACCCACAACUCUGUUUGUGACAUACCAGGGACACAUAAUGGUGACAACGCCAACCAGAUGCUUCUUGGUGCUGGCUUUUUUCUGCUUUCUUUGGUCGGCAUGUUUUUGUUUUAUUCCUGUGCAAAGAGCCUACAUAACAUCAAAGCAAAUAUGUCUCGAUCUGACGAGACUGCUGCAGUAGCUGUCAGCGCAAGUGACUUUCAGCUGUCAAAGGAGGAGAGUGGGCUUCAGCUGAUCAACAAAGAUGAAACCAAAGAUACCAACAGCACAGCUCAACUGCAUCUGGACAAAGCUAUGAUUUUUUGAUUAAAUAAAAAAAAAAAAAAGGCUAAAAUGAUACCAUAAGUCAAUUUAGUCCCAAAUAAUAAUUAAUAUAAU